CGUCAGUGGUUUCCCUUCACCUGCCUGAUCACAGGUCAAGAGGCGCUCAAACGAGGAACCGUUCAGCGUAGCCAGUACCAGAAGUGAAUACCCAAAAUGAUUGCCAGCCUGAACCCGAUCACCCUGUCGAACAAGAUCCAGCAGAUGGGAGACCCCAGAACCAGGGACUACCCCGUGGUCAUGAGCCCCUUGUUUGUCUUCCCGAUGAUCCUCUCCUAUCUGUACUUCGUCAGGGUGGCUGGCCCCCGGUGGAUGAAGAACAGGGAGCCAUUUAAGAUUGUGAACAUUAUUCGCCUCUACAACCUCAUCAUGGUCUACCUAAACGCCAAGUUCCUCGUCGCGUUGCUAGGCCUAACGUACCUACCAGGAGGACGCUACAGUCUCUGGUGCCAGGGAAUCACCGGGUACAUGGACGAUGACUUCGAAAGAUUCUACAAGUUCGGCUGGUUCUUCGUCUCAGUUCGGUACGCCGACUUCUUGGACACCGUGUUCUUUGUCCUACGAAAGAAGUUUACGCAGAUCACGCAUUUGCACGUCAUUCACCACACCAUCGUGGCGGUGAACGUUUGGUUUUUUGUCUUAUUCGCCCCAGAAGGACAGGUUGCUUUGGGACUGUCAAUCAACGUUUUUGUACACGUCAUCAUGUAUUCGUACUACUUUCUGGCCACUUUUGGUCCUGCGGUACAGAGGUACCUCUGGUGGAAGAAGUACCUAACGACGUUGCAGAUAGUCCAGUUUGUGAUUCUUAUUCUUCACAUGUCGGUUCCGCUUUUUGUGGACUGCGGCUUCCCCAGACACCUUUGUCUGCUCGGAGGCGCACAGACGGCUUUGAUACUGGCACUCUUUGUGAAUUUUUACAUUCAAGCAUAUCUACGGAAGAGUCCUACUCACGCGGGCGAUCGUGCUUCGGAAAACGAGAAUAUAAAAGGCAAAAUGUGCAACGGAAAAGACAAUUAA